AUGACGCUGUUUGCUCUACGAAUGUGGGCAGCCGGGGGGGAAUGUUACAGCAAGACUUGCCUGAACGGAAAGACCGUGAUUAUAACGGGAGCAAACACAGGCAUAGGGAAGGAGACCGCGAUAAACCUGGCAGGAAGAGGGGCAAGGGUGAUCAUGGCUUGCCGUAACAAGAGUCGGGGAGAGACGGCACUGUCUGACGUCAGAAAAAAGACCGGAAGUAAACAAGUCGUUCUGAAGAUGCUGGAUUUGGCAUCGCUGGAAUCCGUCCGAACAUUUGCUGAGGACGUAAAGAAAACAGAGUCCAGACUCGACAUUCUUAUAAACAAUGCAGGGCUGAUGAUGUGUCCACACACGAAAACUGCAGACGGAUUCGAGUUGCAACUCGGAACAAACCAUCUGGGCCAUUUCCUGCUCACUAACCUGUUGUUGGAUAAAAUUGAAGGAUCCGCUCCUGCUAGGAUAAUCAACUUGUCCUCUAUUGCCCACAUGGGUUGCAACAGAAUUAAUUUUGAUGAUAUCAACAGUGAAAUUACCUAUGGCAAAUGGCAGGCUUACGCACAGAGCAAAUUGGCCAACGUUCUGUUUACCAGAGAGCUGAAUAAAAGACUCAAAGGAACUGGAGUUGCCGUUAACUCGGUACAUCCCGGAAUGGUAAUAACCGAGUUAUUCCGAUACGUCUCCGGAUACAGUAUUAUAUGGCCCUUCAUGAUCUUUCUAUGUAAAACCACGAGGGAAGGAGCACAAACUAGUAUAUACUGCGCUGUUGACGAAAGUAUAGAGAACGUCACUGGAAAAUAUUUCAGUGAUUGUGCGAUAAAGGAGGAAUCUAAAGCAGCGCAGGACGACGAGGCAGCAAAGAGACUUUGGGACGUGUCUGUUAAAAUGGUGGGGCUGGAUAAAUAAGACUCAGCGCACGUGUCCCUUCACACCUUAGAAGAUCAUCAAACUCGAUCGAUGAAGCAUGAUUGGUUCCUGUUUCCAUUGAAUAACCGAGCAGGAUUUUCUUCAUAUAUGCCAAUGUGUUUCCAUAUACACAAUCAAAGUACUGAAUGCACAGGUAGUCAUGUUCCGUGUUAAUAAAAUGUUAAUGAUAUUCCGCAUGCACAAAUCAAAUACGUAGGCCUACUUUCGUUUCAUGAAAUUUACUCUA